CCUACUUAGAUACGCCGCUGCCUCCUAUCAUAAUUCGUAGUUUUAGAAUGGGUAAUUUCGUCGACCCAACAUAGUUUGUUUCAUGAUGGAGCAAACCCAAGAUUUGCUCAUCCCCCAUAGCCGAUUUCCUCAGUAUAGUUUGUAAGUUUUGCCRUUCAACCUUCUCCAAAAUCUGCAGAUGUUCAUGCCUUCGUAUUCGGGAUCAAUUUCAUUUCUUAAUAAUACCAUUCUAUUUUCCUGGGCUACCUUUGCUUCUCUGCCUCCGGAAAAUCGGAUCCCCAACUCGCUACCAUGACUUCUUCCGGGCUUCACGAGUUUAAUGGAGCAUUCCAACUUUAUAAUCAUCCCAGUGAUUCAAAUCCUCUUAAGGUCUAUAUGAACUCUCUACCCUUUAUCCGAAAGGUUGCUUUUGAUGUUCGGUUGUUUGGAAGAGGGAUUUGUGGUAUCAGAAAAUGCAGUCAUUCUAUUAUUUCUGCAACCCCACAGGCUUCAAUCAUGGACCAUGUUGCACAUAAUUCACAUUUGAGUAGCGAUGAUUCGAAGAUGCCAUCAAUUGAAACAGCUCUGAUACUAAUGCGACACGGCGAGUCAAUGUGGAAUGAGAAGAAUUUAUUCACUGGCUCUGUUGAUGUGCCUUUAACAAGGAGAGGUGUAGAGGAAGCAGUUGAAGCUGGUAAGAGGAUUAGCAACAUACCUAUAGAUGUUGUCUAUACUUCGGCAUUAAUUCGUGCACAGAUGACAGCUGUGCUUGCUUUGACUCAACAUCGCUGCAAAAAGGUGCCUAUCAUUAUGCAUAAUCGUAAUAAACAGGCAGAGACAUGGAGUCAAAUUUACAGUGAUGAGGCUAAAAAGCAUUCAUUUCCGAUUAUUAGAGCUUGGCAAUUGAAUGAAAGAAUGUAUGGUGGGCUACAAGGACUGAAUAAACAGGAGAUAGCCGAAAGAUACGGUAAAGAGCAAGUGCGUGAAUGGCGCCGGAGUUACGAUAUUCCUCCUCCUGAGGGUGAGAGCUUGCAAAUGUGCUCAGAAAGGGCAGUUGGAUAUUUUAAAGAACAUAUUGAACCACAGCUGCAAUCUGGGAAGCAUGUUAUGGUUGCAGCCCAUGCUAACUCACUAAGGACUAUUAUCACGUAUCUAGAAAAAUUGACUUCUCGUGAGUUAAUUGGCUUGGAAUUAUCAACUGGGGUGCCAUUGCUUUACAUAUACAAGGAGGGAAUGUAUAUGAAACGAGGGAGUCCCAUUGGUCCUGGCGAAGCUAGUGUUUAUGCAUUAACCAGGAAUUUAGCACUUUACAGGCAAAAGUUGGACGAGAUGUCAAGCUGAACUUUUUGGAAUUCGGUGUGAUCUCUGUUAAAUUCCUCAGUGAUGUUGUUGGAGGUUAUCUGCAGCUGGUUCAAUCACUUGCUGAAAAGACAGGGAGAGGAUGAAGAGGAAAUACUUCUCACUCAGAAGCCAGAAGCCAUAGAUAUAAAUUUCUAUUGUUUUAGAAUGCAAGGUCAUAAUCUAUUGGAACUUCGYGCGCAUGAUUGUAAUUGUUCACUUCUAUUAUGAAGCAGAUUAAUCAAAGUAUGAUUGUUAAGUUUCUA